AUGCUCUCUUGCUCUCCAAAUCCACAAGAUCCUCUCUCCUACUGUAGUCAGCUUGAUGAGCAGAUUAAGUCCAAAAAUGAAGAACUUCAAAAAGCUAAAAACACUAAUAACACUAGUGAAAUAUCCUCUUUAGAAUCACAAAUCAAUGACUUAAAGUCCAACAAAGAUGACUGCACUAAGUCCCAUUACAUGGACGGCGAGCGUCUCUCCUCCCUUGAGGAGGAAGUGCAGCAUGGCAUUGAUGUUAUUGUGAAGCUUACACAGUUUAGCGGCUCUGAAAAGAGCGUUUUAGAGUUAAUUAAGAAAGAAAUUGAGAGGCUUGAAAAGCAUAAAAAAGAUUGUGAAACCUGCAAAAAGUCUCCGCAGUCUCCUGCCUCUUCUGACUGUGCUCAGCAUAAACUGCUUGAGGAGCUUAAAAAGAAACGUGAGACUUUGAAUCAGAAUAAUGAUAAUAGUCCAAAAGAAUUAUUAAAUAACCUGUGCUCUGGCUUGGAGAAGUUCCUUGGUUACCAAGAAACUUCCAAGGGAUAUGAUGGCACUGGCAUCGUGUACUCGGACCUCGACAGGCUCUGCGACGGGGUGAUGUCUUUCCUUCAUGGUGUUUUAGAUAACAUUAAGCCUAAAUUAGGCUUACAUAAAACACAUUUAACUAGCGCACUUAGCGAACUUAAAAGCACAAAUGAUAAUGGUAUUACUAAAUACAAGGCGGCGAUAGCCGCGGUGGCCAGUAGUGUACAUACAUAUAAUGAGAAAGUGGCAGCGUCGAAUAAGAGUGUUAGUACGCCGAUGAAUGUGUUGAUUAAAUACGUCAGGGAAGAUGGUAAGUUACUUGGUACUGUUAAUAAGUUUCAGAUUUCGGAGAACGCUGACCACCAUGUGGUUGACGAGGCUGAGAAGAUUAUUAAUGACACUCUGGAAGAGUGCCAGAAGAAUGCUGCAAAAUUUAAUAGCACUUUAGACACUGAAGCACAAAUAGAAAUACGUAAUAUUAUUAGUGAGCUUAAUCCCACAUUGUCGCUUAACGUUAAGAGUGCCUUGAAGGCGGUGAAGCAUGAGACUAAGCGUCUCAGUGAGCUGUCUGAGAAAGAAAAAACAGACUUACAAGCGAUGACUGCCAAAAUUACUGACGUGCUUGCUGGUGUUCAAGAAAAAAUGAUUUGCAAAAUCGACGAGAAAAUAAAGGCACUAGCCGCUGAGUUGAAAAAGAAAGUCGAUGAUAUUUGGCAUCAGCUCAAGGGGAUUGACAGCUUGUUGAUUAAGUACGUAAAGGAUUUGGAGAAGUGGAUUAACGAUGUUAAGAAAUUCAUAACGGAGCAACCGCAAAACAAUGUCCAAAAAGUUCUGGACGAAGUUAAUUGGGAUGUGUCCUCCAAGAAGUCGGGGCCUUGGAAAAAUGCUGAGGAUGAAAUUCAGAAACUUGGCAGUGGACUUGGCACAAAAGUCUCCCAGCUUACCGCUUGGAAUAAGGCCGGCGCUGCGGCCAUUAAGGCUGCAAAAAAGCAGUGUGAAGAAAUUGGCAAAAUGGUUGGAACUACAGAUAACGGUGACGGCAAGGCUAAGAUUUUUACUAAAGCUCAAGAAAUGAAAGAGAAUGCAGAGAAGCUCAGGGUGGCGGCGGAGAGUGUUAAGAGUGAAGUUGCCAGUCUGGUUGGGAGUGCGCUACGAGAAGUUGCAACAAUGAAUGAUCAACUUAAGACGGAUUUGGGUAAUAUGAAAAAAGAGCUUAAGAAGGAGUUACAGAGGUACGUUAAAGGGGAGAUGGCAGAAAAACUUCAGAAAUGGAUUGAAGGGGAAACUAACAAGAUUGCUAAAAACGGUAGUGGUGGAGGGGAUGGACACCUGGAUGAGAUUGUUAAGCAAGCUGGAUCGUAUGUUGGUACAUUCGAGGCCAAAUUCAAGGCGUGGAUUGAAGAGUGGUUGCCGAUUAUCGUGACACAAGAUCCGAUUAAAAGAUUUAUUGAGAGCUAUGCUUUCGGUGUCAAACACGUUGAUAAUAAAAUUCGGGUUGUGCUCAGUGAUAGCGCAACUCAGGAUAACAUUGAGGCUAAGGUGAAGAAAUUUGUUGCCGAUGAGGUAAACACUCACAUUAAAGACAUCAUUGCUCCUAGGACAAAUGCAUCCGACGGUAAUGUAGAUGCAAAAUUGCAAUCGAUUCAGCAGUAUCUUGUAACGUACUCCGCGAGAGUGCUGGCUGCAAGGAAGUCGGAAGAAGAGAUCAUACAAGCGAUUGAACGGAAGUUGACGUCUGAUCCGGAUCUGGGAAUGAGAGAUCCAUCAAAAUCCCAAUACAGACAAUAUCUCGGAUAUGCGGUUGUAACUACCUUAUUUGUUCUUGCAGCAAUCGCCAGGCACGUUGGUGCGCAUAUUAAGAAUGUUGCCGGAGAAUGUAAACUUGGCAAAGUAGAUCCCGCUAGAGAGGCGGUUAAGUCUCUCGGCAAAAAUCUUAAAAAUGCGCUCACCACUGUCCUCUCCUCCAGCUCCGUUGGCGGUAACCUCGCCGACGAAAUUAUGACACCGAUUAAUGAAAACAUUCUGAAUGAACAGAUCGGGACGGACGAUGGACAAGGACGUGGCUCAUCCGGCGGUGACAAAGUCAAACCUGACAAACUCAAGAAUUACGGAAAUCAUGUCAAACAAGAAGACAGCAUCCAAGAAGCCCUUAAGAAGGGCGACCUAAAAGGCGUUCCAGAUGCCGGCUCACUCCCAAACGCCAUCAACAACAUCUCAACUCAGGGCCUGAAAUCUCUCACAGAUGAGGGUGAACCAAAGAAAGCAAUUGAUGGAGGUGAGUCAUAUUUCCAACAACCCUUCUCCCAAAUCACCGCCCAACUCACAGCGAUCGCCGGCCUGGUCGACAGCGAAAAUAAGGUAUCUAAUAAAGAUGUAAAGGAUGGCGUCAAGGACUACCUGACUGAUCUGGAGGAGAUGCUUAAGGAAGGAAAACCGUAUACCCUCAAGUCCACUGUAAAAGGAGAGCAUCCCACCGUCCAAGGCCUCCUUAAAAUCAAGACGGAGAUUCAGGGGCUGAAGACCAGCAGUGUUACAAAUCUCACAUCCAAUGUCGACAAAUUGUGCAGCGCGAUCAGACAGGCUGCGCAAGACGUGAAAGGUAAUUUGGAUAUUCUCAAAGAAGAUAACAUUGAGAAGAAACUAGAAAAAAUUAAAACCGACAUCAGCAAGUUGCAGAAUGAGACCCUGAAGAAAGCCAUUGACGACACUGGAAGAUUACUUACUUUAGAACUCGGACUCUUCUCUAGCCGAUGCAUCGCCUCACUGGAAGGAGACGUCAGACAACAAGUUGAAGAAGCAAAAAAGCAACUGACCACCCAGGCUAAAAAGCUCUACGUGACGUCAGUGAGAGACAUGCUGCUGGCCUUUGCCAGCAAAGUCAGCGAGGAACUCCACGAGCUUCCGAAGCAAAUUACGGAAGACGCCGAAAAGGGCGUAAGAGGAUUUAUGAAGAAGAUGGAAGAGAGAUUUAUUAAGACGGGUAAAAGAAUUGCAAACGUUUCGCCAACGCAGUCCCCUGCAGCGCUUCCCAAUCCCGUCCCAGAAGGGAAAUCCAAGAGACCAAAAUCUCCGCUCAGCCAAGCGGCUAUGACAUUAAACACCGCAUUCAGACUCUUCUUCGAUGACCUGCAAAAUCAACCGGACUUCAAGUCCGACUACGAUAAUGUUGCGCCUUGCAGGGAUGCUCUCACAGCAUUGCUGAAUGGGAUUGUAGGUUCACUGCGCUUUAACCAUGACUUUAGUGUUAAUCUAGAAUUACUUAGCAAAUCACUCAGCGGCUUGAAUCCAGAAUCACACGGCGAAUGUGAGUGUCCUUUGCUGAUUAACGCUUUGCGAGCGGGCUUCCCGGCUUUGGUCACAGAGUUGGACAAGGCGUAUAUGAAUAAGUAUGACGGUGCGUCGAAGGAUUUCAAGUGGGAGGAAGGAGACAAAUUGACGGAUGAAGCUACGAAAUGUGCAAAACUGUUCCUAACUACGCUUCCCGUCCUUAACAACAACCUGAACAAAUUGACAAGAAAAUGUCAUGUUGAUAGCCGGAGAAAUUGGAGGGAGUCGCAAAUUAAUUUACGCGUUGACAAUCCACUUGGGAAAUUCUUAGCCGGCCAAGGCUAUGCGGUUUCCUCGGAUUAUGAGAGUCAGGACGGUGAGCUGCAAAACAAUGAUGCUAUGCGUGGACAGAAAAUUUAUGAACUUCUUGUCGGUUCUGCUGACAAACACGUGUACACUACACUAGACGAUAAAGCGGAUGAAGGCGCGCUCAACAAAUUCUGCAACUGUCUCCUCGACUUCUAUAAAGCUUCCCACCUUAAACACAUCAACGCACCUAAGUACCCUACCACCAUCAGUCACAUGCUUGAAUGGCUUUGUGGUCUUACCCAUCAUCCCGUCUACCAAUCACUUUCACUUAGUGGUUUUGCUGACUUAUUCGAAAAGCCUAAGGAGCAGGACACGGACAACGCUCCUUUGGUUGUAUCUUUUAACGACGAUCCCGACUCAUUGGACGCCUACCCAAGGAAGAUCACAGCUACAGGGCUCUCACAGACCCUUGUGGAAGUAUGUCACCUGGCCGAAGACACACUCAUCGCAAUCGUCGGACAUGGCCACGCAGACGGUGUAUAUGCGUGCGAUUACAACACGAACCGACAUGGUCUAUCGUAUCCUACGAACAUGAACACAUUAAUUUGUACGUUAUUCGACAUUCUCCAACGCCUGCACUGCCAGCUUUACUUCUUGUAUAAUCAAUGUUAUUACGGUGAUAUGUAUAACGGUUGGCGUGAGUGUUACUACGGCAACGGUGUCGGAGGCUCCAGUUGGAAGUGUAACACCAUGCAGUGUGCCAACCAAAUGUGUGCCCAACAGUGCAACCAAACACACAACCAAAUAUGUAACCAAAUAUGUGAGCAACACCCCAAGUGCGGCGUCAAAUCGCCUUUACAAUCGUUCCUAGAGGACGGUUUACAAGGCUUUUUGCCUCAUGCUGUAUCAAGUAGGGGUAGCAGCUUGUCAUGUUCUAGUUGUUCUAAGCUGUCCCCUGGUGUGCCGUGUAGAACACCCAUGGGCUUUGUGGACAUUAGUACUCUGGCGUCUCAUACUAGUACGGGAGAGCGCAUCAUCAGAGCACUCCUUCGUUUCUGUGGAAUCAAUUCAUCACCACUAAGCAAUUUAUGCGCUCUACUAAACUGCGUCCUCCCUCGUCCACCGCAGAGCUUAGGUGCUAUGUUUGCCUUUUACUAUAACUUCAUUGCUCACUGGGGUCAGCCUGGAAACGCUGUAUUAACCAAUGCCGUUAGUGGAGCUAACUUCAAACGUAACGACGCAACCUUAGACAUUGCUCCGCUAUUCAAAAGCAGCGACCAUACGUCCGAGGAAGAAAUGACGCAUCGCACCGGUGACCUUUACACCCUUGUUAACUGCAAGAGUGAUUCAUCUUCUCCAACCCUUCCCUGUGGCCCAUAUCUGAGACCACAUUCUCGUGACAUCUGUAGCACAUUCGCCGAGAAGAAUGCCGACAAGUAUCUGUCGUGGAUUGUAUAUCUGACACAGACCUUUUAUGAUCUCCUUAAGACGUUGUAUAAGGAGUGUUGUGAAAUGUGCGACAAGAGAGGAACCACAUGUUAUCAAAAAUGCUGCGAUAAAAAAUGUGAAGUAAUAUACCCCGACGAAUCUAAGAAACAUACUGGGGAGUACGAGAAGGAAGUUGCUAAAUAUUGGACUGCAAGGCACAAUAGUGAAUGUAAAUCCAUUUUCAAAUGCUCCCACACUAUUAAAAUAUUCUCUAAAUAUGGAUUUUAUUUCGGUAGUCCAUCGAAAAUGAGCGGUAGUGAACAUGUAAAUUCCAAACGUACAUGUAGAGAUUUCUGUAAGGCAUUAGCAACGGUUCUCAACGAUGUCGAAGCAGAUGAAGCGCCGCUUGCAAAAUUAAUUUAUCGUACCAUUCCAGAAUUUCUCUGGAAAAUCAGGGAGCCAUUCAUAUGGACUCUCGUAGCCCUCUGGUCGCUGUCGCUCCUGUACCUGCUGCACAUCGCCGUCGUCCGCCUCGACGUCCUGAGGAUACGCUCCCACCUGAGAUCGCCCUCAAGCCACCGCAUCGCCGCGCAGUCCCUCCUCGCCGCCGCACACGUCAAGGCACUCGCCAACGUUAAGCAUGGGAAUGGUGGUGAUGGUAAAGGGCUUGAGGAGUUGGCCAAAGCGUUGAAAAAGUUGAUUGGUAAUGCCGUUAAAAGUGCAACUGAGAGUCUCGAAAAGAGGCGUAAGGAACUUGAAUGCGCUGAUAAAGGCUCUAGUAAUCUGUAUGACAAGCAUUGUAAUGACCUGAAGGAGAAAAUUAAGAAAGCUAAAGGUGAUGAAAAAUCCAAGUUACAAUCCCAGUAUAAUGGUCAUUAUUCCGAAGUACAUGGGUCUGAGUCUAAAAGACAGAGUGGUGAGAAGGAUCUUGCUGAGCGCCGCAUCUCCCUUGGUCAGCUUGCUGGACAGCUUGCGGGUUUUAUUGGCGGUGGGAAAGAAGUACAAGAUGCAAUUUUGCAUGGUUUGCACAGCAAUGUAACUCAGCUUGAAAAGCUUUUAAAUGCAUCUUGCGGAGGAGAGGGGUGUUGUCGGACUGAUAAAAUUACGCUUAAUACAUAUAAUGAGAGUCUUAAAAAACAUCUUAAAGAUGAACAAAAAGCCUCUGAAAAACUUGUUGACAUCCUUUCUGAGUGCAAGUUAAAUGGUCUUGAUGGUCCCUUAAAACAGCUUAAUGUGGAAAUUACUCAAAAAAUUGAGGAGCUUGAAAAAGAAAUUGAAAGCCUUAAAAAGCUUGAUAAAGAUGCUGAAAAGGCUGGUCAAAAGCCUAAAAAUGCCUCUGAAGUUGACAAACUUAAUAAGGAUCUCCAGUCUCAUAAUGCCUCCAAGAAGUCUCUUGAUACACUGAAAGAGCUUUGUGGAUAUGCUGAUAAAAUUCAAAAAAAUGAUGUUGACCAAAAUUCUUCCACAGAUAUUCUUAAAAAUCUCACUGAAGGUUUGGAAAAGUUUUUAGGUUACAAUAAAGACUCCAAAGGCUACUCGGGCGAAGGAAUCGUGUACUCGGACCUUGACAGGCUCUGCGACGGGGUGAUGUCUUUCCUUCAUGGUGUUCUUGAGAGUGUGAUGGAGGAUGAUAGCGUUACAAAAUAUAGUGACAUUAAUGAUAUUAAUAGCGUUAUUAAGAAUUUAAAUGAUAAUGUAGGUAAAGGCCGUCAGGCCUUCGGGAACGCCGUGACUCAGGUAAGUGAGUGGUUGGAAAAUCAUGCGGUGCAGGUGAGGGAGAGGACUGGAGCAGUGAAGACUAAAUUAGGUGAGUUGAUUACUAAAUUAUCAUCUGAUUCAGGUAAAUACUACAAGGAAGUCAACGAGAAGAAUGGACUCAGUGCUCAGUUGACUGAGUGGACAAGGACGCUCGGAGAGAUUGCGAGAGAUAUCACAGACGUAGCAAACACUAAUGUUAAUUUCUUAGACACAUCACUUAGCUCACGCAUAAUGCAUGAGAUUAAGCCGAUACAGAAGUCUGUUGAAUUGUUACAUGUUUCUGCUAUGAAUAGUGUACUGACGAAACAGGCCAAUAACGUGGACUGGGCGUUGGUGGACCAGCAAACACGUAUCGUUAAUGCAAUAAAUUCACAGAGUGGAAUGGUUCAUGAUAUGUUGUCGGACCACGUGAAUAAAAUUGGUGAAACAUUAGGGGCACUGAAUACUAAAAGAGAGAAACAGUUUGAGAUGCUCAGAGAAUCUCUGCAGGCGGCAAAGAGAAAAGUUGAAAGCGAAUUGAGCGGCGCUGGAAGUACACGAAAUCAGAUUUAUAACAAAUUUGUACAGAUAAAGGGCUUAUUGGUGAAGGUGGACAAAGAUAAGAGUCGUAGUACACAGAGUCAGCUGCGUGAGCAAGUUGAUAAAAUUAAGUCGCAACUUUUAGAAGUCGGUAGUGAGCUUGAGGCACAGGUAAGCAGCUUGGACAAGUGGAUGGAGAACACUAAGGAAUAUAUUGAUGAGGCAAAGAAGAAUCAUGUUGAUAAACUUGUAAAGAAGGAAGUUGGCAUGGAAAAUAUAGCUCAGAUUAACUAUUUCGCGGAUGCUUUGAAAAAUGAGGCAACUGAUAUUCGCAAUGCUUUUACAGCGGCUGAAGGAUAUCUGAAUAAAUUGGUGACCGACACAUUAGAAGGUGUGAAGACAAUGGACGGAACGCUUAAGGGGGAUCUGAGAAAAGUUAAAGACGAAAUUGAGAGAGUGAUUAGGGGGUAUGUUAAGCAUACGUUGCUAAAGGAAGUUACAGAGAGGAUUAACGAAAUUAAGGCGGGAAUGACGACAGUAAAUCAAAAAGGCGACACUGCUUCAGGUGGAAUUUCCGAUCUCCGGAAGGAAGUUGACGAACUUAAGUCUGCCCUCACUAAGCAGGUUGAAGAGGCCCAUAACCAGGUGACAUUGUUGGAAAGGGCAUUUCAGGCUGCCGCGCAAGAGGCGCACGAUACAUUAAAUCCAGCAGUCGAGAGAGUUAAAGCCCUUAAAAAUCUUUCACCACAAGUUAAGUUGGAAAUAACUACCACUGCUCAGGAGCUUGUCAAUUCGUUGAAGCAGAAGAUUGCGGAUAUAAAGAAUAAGUUCAGCGGCAUUGGCUCAGUAAACACAUCAAUUAAAUCUCAGUUGUCAACCUGGGCAGAGUCCAAUGGCGAGGCUGGGCAGGCGUUCGAAGCAUCUCUCACAAAGGCGGCUCAAGAACACGCCCAGAAAGUCGACGAGAAAUAUGUGCAAGAUAUUACAAGUGCAUUAUCUAAUGUGGGGAAAGCGCUUCAGAAACUAAAGCCUCUAAGCGUAGACAAAAAAGCGCUCGAAGCCGCGAUCAAUGUCUUCGAAACGGCGACUGAAAAGGUGAAGACAUUAGGUAAUGCGGAAAGUGAAGUCCGUAAAGCCAUCGAAAAGGUUGUUAAAAAAAUCAAGCAGCUUGAGGCGGUGUACCCCAAAGUUACAGGGCUUGAAACACAUCUUAUACGGGCGACUAACGUGAGAGGCACUGCCUCUCAAAGCCAUGCCACCGGACCCUCUGGAGCCAUCGACACCUUUGAUGUUAAUGGGCAGAUUUUAAAGGUACUAAACGAGCAGAUUGGCAAGACUGUUCAUAGUGUUUCACCGCCUACAGUCACCCUUGAACCCGGUAAGUUUCCAAAAUACGAACUGCAGGUUGACCAAUCCACCGUAACCGGCCCGCCCGAUAAGCUGUCAGGCACCCUUCCAGAAAAGAUCAAGGAAAUCCGGGAUGAAGGUCUAAACUUUCUCCGAAAUACAAUAAAAGAUAAGGCAGAUGAAAACACUGGAAGGUUGUACACGUCGUCCAAAGAGGUCAGCGAAAAUCUCAAGUACCUAGCCACGGCAUAUUCUUUGACCGGCCGAUAUAUUGAUCGAUAUAUGCAUAUUCUAACACACGAGAAAAUAGAUGAGCAGCUCACAGCAAUUAGAGCUUCACUCUACUCCUUGCGUACGAUAGAAUUGUCCGAUGCCCCAGGCAAAAUUCAGGAUGCAAUUACCACCGCUAUGUUCACAGUCAAUGAGCUGGAAGCCGUCCCUGGUGAAGUAGAUAAAGCAAGAGGUGCAGUUGACGGCGUAUUAGAAACGUUAAGAAAAGACAUUUCCGCAAUCCUUACCUCCAUUGAAUUGAACGUCACGGCAGCGGAUGACACAAUAUCGUCGGGAAUAACUACUACCAAAAACGCCUUGGCUGAGGCGUAUCAUAAAAUCAAUGAUGCUGUCACAACUCUAAAAACUACCCUGCUCGCUGCUGUGCAGUCCGCCUUUACCCAGGUUACUUGCGAAAUACAGAAAUUGUUCGCAAACCAACACCAAGCCGAUCUAAAUGCGUUGCAGAAAUUAAUCACCGAACAAAAAGCCGCAAUACUGAAAAUAAUAUAUGCGGAUUUGAAUAGCGGUAUCAAGGGUUUGUUGAUGCGGAUGAAUAAGGACGACGGGAAAAUAUUGGAGAAAAUAAAAGAGCGCACGGAUCUCAAAAAUUCUGACGAUCUCAUGAUACUGACCAAGAAAUUACAAGGUUAUUUAGGUAUGAUUCUAAAUUACGCACAGUAUAAAGCAAAAAAUCCGGAGAAGCUUAAAGAAGAUACAGAACUCUCUUCCAAAAUCAAGGCACUCCACGCCUCCCUGGAUGCCAUCUUCGACAAACUGCUCCACCACCAGCACUUCCACCACGCCGUCUCCCAAGCGCGCCAGGCCUUCGAGGCCGCGCUCCAAGCAUUCCCCGCCGACACCUUCCCCGACGCCCCCAAAGGCGUGCUGCAGCCCCUGAAGCAGGGCCUUGUGAAAUUCGCGCAGGAGCUAGAAAAGCAGUACGUCAGCAGGUACAGUGGUAAAGUGAUUGUUUGGAUGACGUCUGCAGAUCCUGAAACUAAACAACAAGAGCCCACGGAAGACGCCAAAAAAUGCGCCAAGGUUUUCAUGACCUGCGUGCAAAUGUUGUUGGACAAUCUCAGUGAGCUGCGGAGCAACUGUGGCAGUAAAGACAUCUGGCAAAACAAGACAAUUUCUUUGACCGAAACUGGGACGCGUGGAAAUAUUAUCACCAAUCCCCUCGGAGCAUUUUUCCAGCGCUGCGGUUACCGCGUUUCCUCUGCUCCGAACAAGCAUACCGGGGAGUUGCGGAAUACCACGGCCUGCAGGGGUGGGAAUAUUAACAGCAAGUUGAAUGAACAGAUUAAUAACAAAGAUUACCUUAUUAAAGACGAAGACUUGAAGAAAGAAAAGCGCUCAAACAAGGAUGAGGAGACAGAUGACCAGACGUCUCCAAAGCAACAUGGCAUCCUCAAGCAGCUGUUCGACCACCUCCAUGAUUACUACACAGUUUGCCACUACUCCACAUUACAGUCCAAGACAUAUCCAUCCUCUGUCUUCGACAUGCUCAAAUGGCUCUGUGGCCUCACUCACAAUCCCGUGUAUGCCGAUUUGUCAGUUAACGGCUUUGACAAGCUGUUAGAGCAAUAUCAGGAGAAAGAUGAGGAGACCGACGAUGCUGAUGAAGCCAGUGCCUCUGUUGACGGUGCGGACGGCAACAUCCCUGUUAUAUUCGAGAAGCCCAAGUCCUUGCAGGCGUACCCACAUGAGAUAACCAGUCCCAAACUAAGAGGUACGCUCCAAGAAGUCUGCCAUUAUUCCUACGACGUCCUCACUGGUGUCCUCGGCUUCGGCCAUGAUGACGGCGUGUACGCGUGUGACUAUAACAUCAACCAGGGAGGCCUGUCAUAUCCGACGAACAUGGACACUUUACUGUGCAUGAUAUGCGAUGUCAUCAACCGCCUGUACCGUCAGCUCCACUUCUUGUUCCAGCAGUGUAGGUACGACAGUACGCUCAGCGGUUGGUCGGACUGCUGGUAUGGUAAUGGAGUCGGGGGGUCAGCAUGGAAGUGUAACUCCAUGCAGUGCCCUGGUCAAGGGGGUGACCAAAGUGCUACCCAAAAGCACAACCAAAAGUGUAACCAAAAGUGUGAGCAACGUGUUAUGUGCGGUGUGAAAUCGCCACUUCAAUCAUUCCUGGAAGAUGGGUUGCAGGGCUUCCUCCCUCACAGCCUCAAGUCUGAGAGGGGAAAACUUGAGUGUUCACUUAAAAGCCAUGGCGGUGUGCCGUGCAUAACGCCUAUGGGCUUUGCAGGAAUUGCCGGAUUAGCGUCACACAGGCGAACAGGACAAUUCCUCAUGGAAGUGCUUGCUGACUUCUGCGGCAAUCAAAAGUCUCCGCUCACUAAGAUAUGCAGCCUGUUCAACUGCGUUCUCCCUAGUCCGCCGAAAUCGCUGAGUGAUAUGUUCGGCUUUUACUACAGUUUGCUUUGUGGGUGGGAAGACAGCAGUAAACGCUAUGAGAACCGUAAGCAGCACAGGGAGACGGCGUUUAACAAUGCGGUCAGCGGCGCCGAUUUCGAUAACCCAUCCACCACACUGGACAUCACUGAUAUGUUCAAAAGCAGCAAUCAUAUUCUUCCGAAGCCCGCCGAUCAGACUACUACCCACCUCACCGGUGAUCUGUAUGCUCUUGUCAACUGCGCGGAUGCAAAAUCGCACACUCCAUCGCAUCCCUGUGGACCGUAUCUCAAACCUUUGUGCAGUGACAUAUGUACUAUGUUCUCAGCAAAGCACGCCAACAAGUACGUGUCGUGGAUUGUCUUCUUGACUGAGUCUUUCUACGACUUGCUCAAGAGACUGUUGGAGGACUGCGAGAAGACGUGCGGCGCUGAAGCUAGGAGAUGCAAAAUUGGCAAAUGCAGUGAGGGGUGCAAGACAAAGAAGUUGCCGUAUGGUAAAGACUCCAAACAUGACAAAUCAUGUAGAUCCAUUGUGGACUGUAAUUAUAUUCGUCCGACAUUCUACAAAUAUGGAUUCAUACACGAGAGCGUCAGCAGCCUCAGUGGUGUAGCAGGAGUAGAAGGUAAGAGGACCUGCGCAGAUUUCUGCGCAAUUUUGAAGAUAGUGACAGGCGAAAAGAAGACACUGCAUACCAUCGUGUUCGAGAAAAUUACAGGAUUUUUGUGGGCGAUUAGGGAGAAAUUCUUUUGGACUCUCCUAGCCCUCUGGUCGCUCUCGCUCCUGUACCUGCUGCACAUCGCCGUCGUCCGCCUCGACGUCCUGAGGAUCCGCUCACACCUGAGAUCACCCUCAAGCCACCGCAUCGCCGCGCAGUCCCUCCUCGCCGCCGCACGCGUCAAGGCACUCGCCAACGUCAAGUACUUCUCACCAUAA